ACUAUGGCCACUCUCCGGGAGGACAAGCACUCCGCGAGCUCUUUCGACGACAAGAAGCUCGAUGCUGAGAAGCAGGCCGACAUCGUCCCCGCUGUUGCCGAGUUCGAUGACCCCAACCUCGACAAGGAUGUCCUCGAGCUCGAGGACGACUCUCCUUACCCUGAGGUUCGGUCCGCCGUCGCUAACACUGACGAUCCCGAUAUGCCCGUGAAUACUUUCCGGGCGUGGUUUAUCGGUCUCAUCUGGUCCAUCAUCCUCCCCGGCAUGAACCAGUUCUUCUUCUUCCGGUAUCCCUCCGUCACGGUUACUAGUAUUGUCGCCCAGCUUCUCUCCUACCCCAUCGGUCGUCUAUGGGCGCGCACCGUCCCGAACGUCAAGAUCUUCGGCGUCUCGCUCAACCCCGGCCCUUUCACCGUCAAAGAACAUGUGCUCAUUACCAUCAUGGCCAACGUCGGAUACCAGUCCGCGUACGCGACCGAUAUUGUCGCCGUGCAGCGCGUGUACUACAACCAGACCUACAACUUCGGCUACCAGUGGAUGGUGACCAUGUCCACGCAGCUUAUCGGGUUUUCGGUUGGCGGCAUUGCUCGCAGGUUCCUCGUUGCGCCCCCGUCCAUGAUCUGGCCAUCGAACCUCGUCACCUGCGCUCUAUUCAACACCCUGCAUUCGCAGCAUUACGCGGGUAUGGGGAACCGUGGAGGUAUCUCCCGUGAACGCUUCUUCUUGUAUGUGUUCAUCGGGUCGUUCUGCUGGUACUUCGUCCCCGGAUACAUCUUCACGGCCCUCUCGUUCUUCAACUGGGUCUGCUGGAUCGCCCCCAAUAACGUCGUUGUCAACCAGCUCUUCGGCUACUACUCUGGUCUGGGGAUGUCCCUCAUCACCUUCGACUGGUCCCAGAUUGCGUACAUCGGCUCGCCCCUUGCCACGCCCUGGUGGGCGUCCGCGAACGUCGCUGCCGGUUUCGUGUUCUUCUUCUGGUUCCUCACUCCGAUACUCUACUACACCAACACAUGGUACGCCAAGUAUCUCCCGAUCUCCUCGCGCGGAUCCUUCGACAACACGGGCGGGUCCUACGACGUGUCUCAGAUCCUGACGCCGGAAGCAACGCUCGACGUGGAGAAGUACAAGGCGUACUCGCCUCUUUUCCUCUCGACGACCUUCGCGCUAUCGUACGGCUUGUCCUUCGCCUCCAUCACUGCGACGAUUACGCACACCUUCCUCUACUUCCGCAAGCAGAUCUGGAUCCAGGCCCGGCGCGCGCUGUCGGAGCAGCCCGAUAUCCACGCCCGCCUCAUGUCGCGUUAUCCUCAGGUACCGGAAUGGUGGUAUGCGGUGAUCUUCGUCACCAUGUUCGUCUUCGGUGCUGUGUCCAUCGAGGUCUGGCACACUCAGAUGCCGAUCUGGGCUCUUGUGCUCGCGCUCGCGAUUUCGUUCGUCUACACGGUGCCCAUCGGUAUGAUCCAGGCUAUCACCAACCAGCAGGUCGGCCUGAACGUUAUUGCGGAGCUGAUCGUCGGCUAUGCACUCCCCGGCCGCCCUAUUGCGAUGAUGAUGUUCAAGACGUUUGGUUACAUUACGAUGGCCCAGGCGUUGGCGUUCACGUCGGACUUCAAGCUCGGCCACUACAUGAAGGUGCCCCCACGCCCGAUGUUCUGGUCCCAGGUCGUUGCCACGAUUGUCGGACUCACCGUACAGCUCGGUGUCCAGUCCUGGAUGUUCACUAACAUCCCCAAUAUGUGCGACCCCCACCAGAAGGACGGCUUCAUAUGCCCCAGUACCGAGGUCUUCGGCACCGCAUCCAUCAUCUGGGGAGUUAUCGGGCCCCAGCGACAGUUCUCGUCGGGCCAGAUCUACUACGGUCUCGUCUUCUUCUUCCUCAUCGGCGCCAUCCUCCCCUGCAUCGCGUACGCCAUCUCGCUCAAGUGGCCGAACUCGUUCAUCAAGUACGUCAACUUCCCGGUCAUCUUCGCCGGCACGGGCUACAUCCCGCCCGCGUCCGCGCUCAACUACGUGCCCUGGACGAUCACCGCGUUCAUCUUCAACUACGUCAUCCGCCGCCGCCACUUCUCGUGGUGGACGAAGUACAACUACAUCCUGUCCGCCGGCCUCGACUCGGGCGUCGCGAUCUCCGUCAUCCUCAUCUUCUUCGCCCUCCAGUACCCCAAAAACGGCACCAUCGGCGAGAACUCGAUCGCGACGUGGUGGGGCAACACCGUCGGCAUCAACACCGCCGACGCCGCGUCCGCUCCGCUCCGCGCGGUCCCAGCUUCCGGGACCUUCGGACCUACCUCCUGGUAGAGGCUGCUCGGGGUUGCGCAGGCUCUGCGUGCACUGGCUUGUGCGGGGAUGCGCCCGCGCCCUGCGUGUCUAGCCCUGUUACUGCGUGGGAUCGAUCGUCCUGUCGGGCAGGUCGCGGAGGACUGGGCGAGCAUGUGUAUACCUGACCCUAUGAUCAUGAUGUUGUAUUUAGUAGACCGUGUGCAUGUCUGUACACGUACGUUGACGAUACCUAGAAUGUC